UCCAAAGAGUUUGACCGAAAUUGACCGAAAAGAGUGGAUCCAAUCAAUGGACGGUAUUGUGGACUACGAGGCGUACGAACAGCUGAAGACAUCGUACGACCAACUCGUGGACAACAACCGACUCCUGGAGUCGGACAACGAGUCGCUGACCGCUUGUAAUAAAGUCCUCAAGAGAUUGUUGGAGACAUUGGAGACCAUUAAGACAUCGCUCGAGCAAAAGGUCCACAUAAUCGCCGCAGAGGUGACCGCCACUACCGGUGGCGGCACAGGUGGUCACCAAUUGGUGCCCUUUGAUCGGGAACUGCAACGAGACCUGACGCCCGGCGCCAAGAAGUUCCGGUGCCAUUGGAAUGACUGCCAAUACGCGACCGACAGCUCCGGUAACUUCCAGAAACACUAUCGCAUACACACCGGCGAAAAGCCCUAUCGCUGCGACUUCCAGGACUGCAAAUACAGGUACAACCCGGGGAGUAUCAAAGAGCACAAGCGUACGCAUAGCGCCGAGAAGCAGUACGGGUGCGAUUGGGAGGGCUGCACGUGGAGGUUCAGCACCUAUAAGCUGCUCAAGAAUCACAAGCGCGCCUGUCAUACGCUGGAUAAGCCCCAUAAGUGCGAUUGGCCCGGUAUGUGUACCCUUUAUGGCCAGUGGCGGCGCUCCCGCACUGACCCUUCAUUUUGUACUCAUUUAUACAAUUUAUUUGUUUGUGUUUUUAAUGGUAACCAAUUAGGCUGUGAGAAGUCGUAUUUGGCGCCGUACCAGCUUCGCGGCCAUAAGCACACGCAUACCGGCGAUCGGCCCCAUCGGUGCGAUAUGAUUGAAUGUCAGGCGUCGUUCGCCCGGCCAACAGGUGCUCACACAACCGCUCAGCACACA